AUGGGAACCUUAGACACAUGUAGACAGCUUCUGAUGUGGUUUCCUUUUGGAGUUCAGAGCUGGUUCUUCAGUUUUAGCCAGGUUUAACCAGGUAGUAUCACAACUAAUAGCCUUCUGUCACCGUCAUGCCCAGGAUUCUGUUUUGGACCUUUGCUCUUCUGAAGCUCUUCAUAGCCAGCGGUCAAGAUUUCUUUCAGAGCCAGAGAGCUGGUGAUUAUGCACCAUCACCACAUUCAGUCAAAUAUGUUGUGUCUUUGCAAACACCAAAAGGACAGCAUUUCUGUGCAGGAUCCCUGGUGCAUAAAUUUUGGGUCCUCACUGCUGCACAUUGUAAUACAGAGGUGGAUCAGAUGAUGAUAGUGGCCGGAGACAACAUUCUUGGCAAGUACGAAGGGACGGAGCAGUAUUCAAAGCCACAGUCCAUUACACCUCAUCCACUGUACAACAAGAGCACCAGUAAUGCAGAUAUCAUGCUCAUUAAGCUCCGGGCUCCAAUAAAGCUGAACAGGUACGUCUCCCUGGCUCCUCUUCCCAAACAAAACACGGGAAUGCUGCCUGGUCAGCUGUGUCAGAUGUCCGGUUGGGGUUCCACAAUCCAGGGCGGGAGCAGCAGCCCCCUUACCCUUCGCUCCGUAACUCUGCCCAUCAUCUCGACAGCUAAGUGUAAUAGCAGCAAGUCCAUCAAUGGAAGCAUUACAAGCAAUAUGAUCUGUGCUGGCAUCAGUACUGGAGGCAAGAAGGCAUGCAAGUGGGGUUCUGGAGAGCUGCUCGUGUGUGACGGACGACUUUACGGGCUCGCCUCCUGGGGAAACGUCUGCGAGGAUGCCGGCUUUCCAGGAGUCUACACGGCUGUGUCCAGGUUCCGCAGGUGGAUAGACCGUGCCGUCUACAGGUCCUUAACACGAUGCUACAAGUACAGAUAUCCGCUGUCCUCAAAAUCCGCUUUGAGUGAUGGCUAGUUUAACAUAUAGAAUAUACAGAAUGUGAUCAUGUGACUAAUAAAUAUCUUAAAAAUGUAGAGCAGUGUUAGAGUACCUGUCAAAACAGUGUGAAAAAUUAAACAAAAACUGUUAACCAUACAUAAUACAUACCUAAUAUGUGUCGUUACAGCUGUACAACAUUAUAAUAUGCUACAUCACUUUUGAGUAACUGAUUACUGAGGAUCUUCGUACAAUGCUAUAAACAAUUAUUUUUGAAAGCAGAUCAAUCAAUUAAAUAAUGGCAAAUAUUGUAGUGUGUCUGGAAAUAUUAAUAUGCCACAGAAUAAGUUGAAAUAAACACCAGAAUGAAAGAACUGAGAUAGACGACUUACACUUCUAAAUUCCCCUUGGAUGGCUGUAGAUCCAGCGAGAUUGGGUGUGUCAGCACAGCUUUUUUAGUGAAGUUGGCAGCAGUAAGGAGAGUUUCUGGUUUCGCUGCCUGCACUUGAUAUCAUGGUGUCAAGUGAUAGUAGCUGUAGCUAGUAAGACGCAGAGUUAACAACCUUUCACACCUUUUUUAUUCAUACGUGUCACAAAGCCGUUAUUGUCACUCUUUCACCAAGCUGAAAGACAUUCACUGAAAGCAUUGUUACACUGAAAUCAGUGGGUUCAGGAUUCAAUGUAAAGCUUAAUCCUGUUAUGUCACACGUAAUGCCCUGGUUAGCCUGCAAACAGCUUGUAUUUUGCUGAAAUAUUUUUCUGAAAUAUCCUCAACACGGUUUGGUUCAAACUGGUGCAGUCCUUUGGAUUUGCAGUCAAAGUAACAUAGUCAAUCAUUUGUUGUUGAGUAAAGCAGGUCUAAUGAAGGCAGAGAGUAGAAAAUAGGCCUAUAUCGACCCAUCUGGAUGGACCCUUUUUGCCGUUUACUGAAUAAAUGAGUAGAACUCGGCCACUGCUCUAUUGCACAGCAGGGUAUUUUUUUCAGUCUAUCUCUCUUUCAGAUUUUCUUUUCACUUCCUUAUGCAUGUCAUGGUGAGUGAUUUGACUAUUAGUUUUCCCUAAAAUCAGUCAGGGCUAUUUUCAACAACUCCAUGAAAGAUUACACAGACAUAUAAUCCAAAAAUAAACAAAUGCAAAAAAACUCCACUGGCCUCGAGCUUGCAUCAUAUCUCGCUCCAUCCUACUACAAAAACAAGUAAAAAGCACAGGAAUGUAAACAGCCGUCUGCCUUUUUGGACCGAGGCUUGCGUCAUACAUCUCUACGCUCACUCCAGCAUGAGUCAUCUUGAUCAUACAGAAUCUACCGUACAGUUAGAGUGAAACAGCUGUGCUGCUAAAUUAUGUCAAAUGACUGUAUAGGAUUGUGAAUUCAUUUUAUUAGUAAACCUUGUAGUAAAAUCUUAUAUAUAAGACCUAUAUAGCUGUAGAUACAUGUAGCCAUUUUGUUCUCAUGUAUCUGAUAAAAAGAGAACCCAGCCCUAAUAAGAUAUUGUGGCACUGGUAUCAGGCGUGCGAGCAUUUACUAAACACCAUCCCUGGUUUCAUCCUAAAUAUGAGUUUCUAUCUGUGCAGAGUUCCAUAUCUUUACCCCUGUGUCAGUAUAGGUUCCCUCAGGGUUCUCUGGUUUCGUCCCACCUCCCAGAAAUAUUCCAGUCGGUGGGCAGGAUGAAGUAAAUGUGAACGAGGAUAUGCAUGGU